AUGGACAGUUUAUUGUGGAUUUUGUUAGCAAUCUUCUUGUCCUGCAGUAGUACCAUAAUAUUUCUGUACAGGAACAGCAGCUGGUUUAGUAAUAGAAUUAUGACGAUGGUGAUGAUGAUGAUCAAAUCAUCAUCAAUGUACGAAAAAACCUUACUUCCUUUAGGCGCUCUUGGAUGGCCCUUUAUCGGCGAAACCAUCGACUUCGUUUCCUGUGCUUACUCAGACCGCCCUGAAAGCUUCAUGGAUAAACGUCGUCGCAUGUACGGGAAGGUGUUCAAGUCACAUAUAUUUGGAAGUCCUACAAUAGUAUCAACAGAUGCAGAAGUGAGCAAAUUUAUACUACAAAGUGAUGCAAGGUUGUUCGUUCCUUCUUACCCGAAAUCUCUCACUGAGUUGAUGGGAAAAUCUUCAAUUUUGCUCAUCAAUGGGAGCUUACAAAGGAGAAUUCAUGGACUCAUAGGUGCCUUCUUCAAGUCACCUCAUCUCAAAGCUCAAAUCACUCGAGACAUGCAAAGUUAUGUUCAAGAAUCAAUGGAGAAAUGGAGAGAAGACCACCCCAUUUUCAUACAAGAUGAAACCAAGAAUAUAGCCUUUCAAGUGUUGGUCAAGGCAUUGAUUAGUUUGGAUCCUGGUGAAGAAAUGGAGUUGCUAAAAAAACAGUUCCAAGAAUUCAUUGCAGGGCUCAUGUCUUUACCUUUAAAAAACAUUCCUGGAAGCCAACUUUAUCGAUCAUUACAGGCAAAGAAAAAAAUGGUGAAGUUAGUGCAAAAAAUUAUCAAAUCUAAGAGAGAUCAUGGGAUGAUUUCAAUGGUACCAAAAGAUUUAGUGCAAGUGUUGCUUAACGAUGCAAGCGAACAACUAACAGAUGAUUUGAUAGCUGAUAAUAUGAUCGACAUGAUGAUACCUGGCGAAGAUUCAGUCCCAGUCCUUAUGACUCUUGCUGUUAAAUACCUUUCAGACUGCCCUCCUGCGCUACACCAAUUGACGGAGGAGAACAUGAAAUUGAAAAGUCUCAAAGCUCAGCAUGGGGAGCCGAUGUGCUGGAGUGAUUAUUUAUCUCUACCCUUUACACAAACAGUGAUUACAGAAACCCUAAGAAUGGGGAACAUUAUAAUUGGGGUGAUGAGAAAGGCGAUGAAGGACAUAGAGAUUAAAGGGUAUUUGAUACCCAAAGGAUGGUGUGCUUUUGCAUACUUCAGAUCAGUUCAUCUUGAUGAAAACAACUAUGAGUGGCCUUACCAGUUCAAUCCAUGGAGGUGGCAAGACAAGGAUAUGAGCAAUAGUAGCUUCACUCCAUUUGGAGGAGGACAAAGAUUAUGUCCUGGACUUGACUUGGCCAGGCUGGAAGCUUCAAUUUUCUUGCACCACUUUGUCACCCAGUUUAGAUGGGUGGCUGAGGACGAUACUAUUGUAAAUUUCCCUACUGUGAGGAUGAAGAGAAGAAUGCCGAUUUGGGUCAAAAGGAGAGGAGAAAAUUAAGCAGACAUCAUGGGCAAGAAAAAGUUUCAAAGAAACUUGGCAAAGAUACAAAACCCAGCUCGAAAAGACUAGAGAAGAAAGAAUUCAUGCCGUGAGGGACAUCAACAAUCUCACUUAAUUUAUCCUUCUUUUUGUAGGUAUUGCAAUUAUGGACAUUUAGAAAACUGGAGAAUGACUUUUUUUUUUUUAAAUUCUGGUUGGGUCCCAAAAUAUGUAAUAUUUUUUUAUAUUAAGGUCAUUAGUUCUUCCUUUUAUUCUCCCUUAUCUCUUUUUUUUCCAAGUCAACAUCAUGUACAAUAAGAGGUCUCUGGUCAGUGGGUCUAGACAAUGAUUGUGUCCACGGGUUCUUUGUAAGAACAAUAGUUGUCAAUUUAA